AUGCUGACUUUUGGAAAGUGGGAGUGGCAUAACAACUACUCUCCGGGUCCUGAGAUCUACAACCAGCUCUGGCACAUCCGCCAAGAACCAGCGACCGUCACCCCAUUCCUACCGACCGAAUGCCCAUUGCUGAACGCGCGAUCACGAAUCCUAGACCGCAGGCAGACUGAAGGCGACAUACAACGGAACUUCUACUUGGUGGAGGUGACCAACUUCACCAACCGCGAAACUUCAGUCUCAAGCGCUGAAGACGCAGGGCCGAACAUCACAGAGCUGUUGCAUGUGGAUCUCAGUCGAAUUCUGGAAUACGUCUCCCCCGAGGAGCUGGAGCGCUUCGAGAAUGAGCAGUUCCAGGUUGAGGCGGAAGCUGAAGCAGUUGCGAUGCGCAUGGAAGCAGAGGAACUUCGGCGAAGACGGCUGGAAAAGAACGCGCGAUCGGCGGCAAUGGGCCAAGGCAGUCGGAUGCUCAGCGGCUUAAGCCUCGAUCCCGAAAUGCGGCCAAGGGGCAGACCACGCGGACGAGGGAGGGGAAGAGGAAGAGGCAGCUGGCGCGGAAGAGCCGCGCUUGUCUCAAAUACCCGUGAACAAGACACGCAGGAUCAACUGGUGGACGCUGAAGUGGAGGAGCUGAUUCAGACCGAGGAUGGCCUGCAGAUGAUGAUGAUCAACGAAACAGACUCAGAAGACGGGGACUUUGCUGCAGACUUGGAAGCACGAAGGUCUCCCAACAUGGCCCGCUCCGCAUUCGUGGCCAACAGUGCACUCCCGCUCUCACCCGUGUUAUCGCAUCGACGGCCCUCGGGCGCCCCCUCUAUGCUUCGAAAUCCUACCGUUGCCUCAGACGACGACGAAGAAUCUGACCUCGAGCUCGUGGAUCGAGAUGCAAGAUCUACGUCGAGCGCCGCCAUGCAGUUGCGCAUCGAAGACGACAUACGCGGCCGCCCAGAAACUGCACCAGAUGAUGAUGGUGAUAGUCACAGGAGUAAGAGACGUAGGACAGAGAGCACAACAUCGACUCAGCGAAGACCACGCGCGCAGGAGAACUUGCCUGAACUACCAAACCAACGAUCUCCAUAUUCGAAUGCGAUUCCAGAGUCUCCCGCUGAAGACUCCGACGACGCCAUACCCGCCCAUGAACCCAACGCUCUCUACCGUAGCCUCCAGAAUGGCAACUCGAAUGGUACAGAACUUGACAACAUACAUGUGCAGUCACCCACCGUGAGGGCACCGGUCGAACAGCAGAGCGGGGAUGACAACGACGACGAAGAAGAAGACGCAGAGGAAUAUGUCGUGGAAGCCAUCAUCGAGCACUAUCGCGAUGCGGGAAAGAAGUUCUACUUGGUCAAGUGGCAAGGCUACGAGGAUAGCCACGACUGGCUGCCAGAGGAGAACCUCGAAGGCGCCGCGGAAUUAGUCGCAGAGUUCAACGAGAAGUCGGACCCUGAAAACACGCGACGCGGUGUCCGCGGAACCGCGACAUGCAUGUCUACGCGAGGACAUGACCGCAUCAUGUACGCCUCACCCAUCAUCGCAAUCCCAAAGCUGCAUCAUGCAGUGCCCAUUGCUCCAGAAAGCUCCGCUUUCUCACCCUAUUUGAUCAUCGACGACGUUGCCAUGACGCGAUCCUUCAUCAUGCCAUUCGCCCUCAAACUCCGGACCAUCGCUCGCCCUGCCUUCCAGCAAACACGAUUCCUCUCAUCAACAACAAGGAUGGCUGCCAAUGAGUACGGCCAGGGAAAGUCUCACGCACAGGGCGAGAGCGCGGUUCCCAAGUCAGUGCAGGAUGCUGCGCCAAAGGGACUUGAGGAGGCGUUGCCAGAUAAAGUCGGACUUACCAACCAAAAGCAACCAAGGAACGACCUUGCUAACCUUCACAACAGGUCCACCCCACCGGCGGCGCCGCAAGCCAAUCUACCAGCAAGACACACGCCCUAA